AUGGAGACCGAGAAUGAGGCGGCGGGAGAAGAAAGAGGGGAAGACGCAAGGGGGAGUGAGAGAGAGGACAGGAGUGAAUUGGCCGUGGAAGAGGGGCCUGAGAAGAAUCAUCAUGCGGCUGAUCACGAUGCGACAUACGCGUCGGAUGAUUAUGAGGGGGGGUACGCGUCUGAUGGUGGAAUUGAGUUCCCGCCUGAAGGGGAGGAAGCGGAGCAAUCCAUGGUGGAAGUGGGGGGCGCGGACGAGGCGGCGAAAGAGCGGCGACGGCAGCAGUCGUGGCUGUGGAGUGUGGAGUGGUUCGUGUCGUGGCCGCUUAGACGGCUCAGCCACUCGUGGCGAAAGCGUCUGCUGUGGGGGUGGGUGGUGAUGGCAGGGGCGAUCCUACUGAUGGUGUUUGCGGCGGCGUGGCGGCAGGCCAAGGCAGGCGAGAGGGAGGACCUGGAGGGGCACUGCGACAAGUGGGCCUCCUUUAUCGAGGCCAAGUUCAACACCACUGCUGCCAACACACGCUCAAUCUCCGAUUUCAUCCGCGCCUAUUACCUCGAUAACGAGUCGGAGGACUUUCACGACUUGGGGAAAUUCCAGCGGUUCACUCAAGCUACUCUUGACAGUCGACCCAUGGCCUCAUUCGUGGCCUUCACUCUCCUCAUCAACAACUCGUUCAUCCGGGACAGAAUCGAGAAGACCUCCGGGGGCUGCUUCUAUGAAUUUGCAGCGAAUGGAAGCAUGUUAUGCCGCCCGCGUGGCCUGCCCCUGUAUGCGCCACUGCUGGUCUAUAACAGACGCACGGACUUCAACCCACAGAUAAAACCCGCCGAUGGUUGCUGCUACGACAUGAUGGCAGACCCAGCAGUGAGCGACAUGAUUUAUCGGGCCAUCGAUUCAGCCGCUUCCGUCUUGUCUCCUCCCUUCGUCCGCGAGAACUACCCCUACCAUUUCAUCAGCCAAGUCUUCCCAGUCUACUUCAACCUCACCACCUUCGCCCUGCCCCCCUCAGCCUCCCCUCCCUCUGUCGCCAUCCCUCCGCUCGCCACCCCCGGGGUGCUCCCACGGGGGUUUGUCAUCGCGGGGUAUAACUUUGCAAACCUGCGAUCGCUGGCGGGGUUUAAGCAGCUGGAGGAGCUGAAGACGAGGGUUUACCUGGUGGAUGGUACCCCGGGGAGGGCUUCGGAUGGUGGGCGGAUUGAAGAUGUGCUGAGUGGGAAAGGACAGAGUGGGUAUGGAACGGCUAGUAGGUGGCUACCUGCGCUGCUAUUUGACCAUGAGGGGUUGGUGGGCGAGGAGGAGAUUAACGUGUGGAUGACGAAGGAGAAGGAGGGGACGAGAGUGCGACAGGCGCUGCAUUUGGGUGAUCCAGCGAGAAACUUCUAUCUUUACUGCCAGCACACCUCCUACUCCCCGCCGUUCGCCCCGUUCGUGUGGAUAGUCUUGGCGGUGCCCUUCGUGGGAGUCUCCACCUUCCUGCUCUGGACGAGCAUCCAGCUCAUGCACGCCUUUGAGUGCGACUGUAAGCACCUGGCAGCGGCGCAGCACGAGCUCAGCACCGCGCGAGUGGAAGCCGAGGCGGCGAGCCGCGCCAAGGGAGACUUCCUCACGACCGUGUCACACGAGAUCCGCACGCCCAUGAACGGUGUCAUAGGCAUGCUGAACCUGCUGCUGGAGACCCCAUUGGACAGCUCCCAGCAGGACUACGCGGAGACGGCGUGCAGCAGCGGGCGGGCGCUGUGUGCGCUGAUCAACGACAUUCUCGACCUCUCCAAGAUCGAGGCCGAGAAGCUCCGCCUCGAGCGCAUCCCCCUCAACCUCCGCGCCGAGCUCGACGACGUGCUCGCGCUCUUCGUGGAGAGCGCCCAGGAGAAGCGCUCUGUUGAGCUGGCCGCGUUUGUGGCGGACGACGUGCCGGAAACACUCCUUGGGGAUCCGCUCCGAGUGAAGCAGAUACUCAUCAAUCUCAUCAACAACGCCUUGAAGUUCACCACCAAGGGUCAUGUCUUCAUCGCCAUCCGCCUCGCAACCCCCGCCGACAACAACACCAACGAUGACAAUGGCGCUCCCUCCGCACUGCUCUCACCUGCCUCCUCCACGUCCUCCUUGUCACCCCCAUCAUCCCCAUCACCAUCGUCCCACUCCAAAGAAUCGCCUCCCCGGCACCAUUCUCUUGCCAGUUGCUUCACCAGUGCCAACAGCCGUAGGGAGAGGAAGAAGGGUGCAGCUGAGGGAGAUGGAGCCACUGAUGCUGUAGAUGGGAGGAGCGGUGCUGCUGGGGUAGAUGGGAUGAGAGAUACUGCUGGUGGCGACGAUGGCACUCGUGACGACAAUGACUCCUGUGUCGAUGGGAGCACUGGUGGCAGUAGGCCUGUUGAGCUUGCUUCCACUGACCCUGGGUGCCUGACACUGAGUGGGCGGCCAGCAGUAGAGACGUGGUGUUCUUGGGAGGCCAUGCGGGAGCACAUGGAUCUUGGAGCCGUGGGCAUGGGCAUGGGCAUGGGCAUGGGCAUGGGCAUGGCGAAUGAAACCUGCCGUGGACGCCACGGCCCUUGCAUCCUGCCCCCUGACCAGCCCGUGCGCCUGAUGGUGGCUGUGGAAGACACAGCGCCUGGUGUCACUGAUGGGAGGAUCCAUCUCCUUUGCCAGCAAGCCAGGCGUCGGCACCACCUUCCUCUUCGAUAUCCUCCUCCACACACCCCCUCUCCCUCACCCUCCUGCCUCGCCUCCUCAUCCUCCCCAACCCUACACUCCUCCCCGAACCAACACUCCUCCCCGAACCAACACUCCUCCGCGACCAACACUCCUCCCCGAACCAACACUCCUCCCCGAACCAACACUCCUCCCCGAACCAACACUCCUCCCCGAACCAACACUCCUCCCCGAACCAACACUCCUCCCCGAACCAACACUCCUCCCCGAAUCAACACUCCUCCCCGAAUCAACACUCCUCCUCAAACCAACACGUCUCCUCAUGCCGCUGUCCUUCCUCCCUCCUCUCUCUCACGUCCGCCUCCCCUGCUUACGGUGUCCCUCACCUCCUUGCCAUCCUCUGCUUCUCCAUCUGCCACUCCCUCUGGCCCUCCAUACAUCCCCUCUUCUCCAUCUGCCACUCCCUCUGGCCCUCCAUACAUCCCCUCUUCUCCAUCUGCCACUCCCUCUGGCCCUCCAUACAUCCCCUCUUCUCCAUCUGCCACUCCCUCUGGCCCUCCAUACAUCCCCUCUUCUCCAUCUGCCACUCCCUCUGGCCCUCCAUACAUCCCCUCUUCUCCAUCUGCCACUCCCUCUGGCCCUCCAUACAUCCCCUCUUCUCCAUCUGCCACUCCCUCUGGCCCUCCAUACAUCCCCUCUUCUCCAUCUGCCACUCCCUCUGGCCCUCCAUACAUCCCCUCUUCUCCAUCUGCCACUCCCUCUGGCCCUCCAUACAUCCCCUCUUCUCCAUCUGCCACUCCCUCUGGCCCUCCAUACAUCCCCUCUUCUCCAUCUGCCACUCCCUCUGGCCCUCCAUACAUCCCCUCUUCUCCAUCUGCCACUCCCUCUGGCCCUCCAUACAUCCCCUCUUCUCCAUCUGCCACUCCCUCUGGCCCUCCAUACAUCCCCUCUUCUCCAUCUGCCACUCCCUCUGGCCCUCCAUACAUCCCCUCUUCUCCAUCUGCCACUCCCUCUGGCCCUCCAUACAUCCCCUCUUCUCCAUCUGCCACUCCCUCUGGCCCUCCAUACAUCCCCUCUUCUCCAUCUGCCACUCCCUCUGGCCCUCCAUACAUCCCCUCUUCUCCAUCUGCCACUCCCUCUGGCCCUCCAUGCAUCCCCUCUCCUCUUCCUCAACGCUCCUGCAACAUGCCCCCCCAAGACACAGGCAACCACCAACAGCAGCAACGGCAGGAGGCAGCAUGUGGGCUAGCAGGCAUGUGUGUGGUGAGUGGUGGGAGCGGUGGGAAUGACAAGAGUGCAACACAGGGUUGGGAGGGCGUGUGUGUGGUGAGUGUGGACGACCGGCCGGUGCGGCAUGCCGUCACUCUCUCUCUGCUGCGCCGCCUUGGCUUCUGCACCCUCCCCUGCCCCUCCUUCCACCUCCUCCCCCGCCUCCUCGCCCAACACCAUGCCUUGCACCAUGGGGAGCAGGAGCAGGAGGAAGAGGAGCGGGAGGAGGGGACGAAGCAGGAGGAGCAGGAACUGGAGGAGGGGAAGGGGCAGGAACAGGAGGAGGGGAAGGGGCAGGAACAGGAGGAGGGGAAGGGGCAGGAACAGGAGGAGGGGAAGGGGCAGCAGCAUCGCAAGUUUGCGCUAACCUCCCUGUCCGCCGCUGCUGCUUCAUCUCUCCCUCACUUCCUUCCCCUGCAGUCUCCUCACUCCACAACCACCCAGCCCCCCCGUGCUCCACACACUGCCUCCAUGGCAGCGAGAUCAACACCCAACCCAUCAGCUCCUCUUGCUGCUUCUCCCCAUAACCCUCCUCGCUCCAAGGCACAUGCAACUCUGGCACAACUCGCUCCUCUUGAGACGUCUCAAAAGGCACAUGCAACCCUCACACGACUUCCAAAUCCCACACACCUCCCACCUCUCACCUUGCAACACUCCACAAGUACUCCGCCUCAUCUGUCGCUCAUCCCCCAGCUUCCUGGCUCACAACCCAACACAGCACCUGUCAACAGCCACUCAUUUCCUCCUCCCGAGCCUCCUCCCGAGCCUCCCCGCGAGCCUCCUCUCGAUCUUCCUUUCGAGCUGCUGAGUCAUCCUCGCGAACUGUUGACUCAUUCACUCAAACCGUUGAGUCAUCCUAACGAGCCUCCUGUGGAGCCGUUUGGCUCGCCAGCUGUUCUUGUUGCUCCUUUCACCUUCCGCCCCUCCGUCUCCACCCCCUCUGCCUCCUCUGCCCGCUUCUCCUGCCCUCCUCUUUCAGUCGAUGUCUGCUCUUGGCGCGAGAAUCGCGUGGGUGGAAGGGAGGAGGAGGAGCAGCGGCAUCAGCAGCGGCAGCGCCGCUGGCAAAAGCAGCAGGAGGAAGAGGAAGAGGAGGAGGAAGGGAAAGGGGAGGGGAAGGAGGAAGGAGAAGAGGAGGAGGAGGAAGAAGGAGAGGAGGUUGGAGAGGGGGGAGUGCAGCAGCGGGUGCACUACAAGAGCUUGAGCGUGGCAGAGAGGCGGGGAUGGGUGGGGGCGGUGGUGGUGGAGGGGGAGAUGAUGCAGCGGCUGGGCGUCACAGCAGAUCAAAUCCAUGCUCUCUUGAUGGACCAGGGGGGGGCUGGGAUGGCAGGGUCUGGCGAACCAAUGAGCGAGCGAGAGGAGAUGAGUACGGACGAGCACGUGAGUGAGAGAGCUCAGACGAGCAAGGGAGGGCACAUGAGCAGGGGCAGGGAGGAAGGUGCGCAGAUGACAAGCGAGGGAGUGGGCAUGUGUGCAGUGGAGGCGAAGGCACAUGGCAGCAAGAGCAAGAGCAUCAAGCAAAGCAGCUCGCAUGGAUGGCCCGUCCCCUUCCUUGUCCUCCUGCACGGCUCUCUCCCCCUCCCACCCACUUCUCUUGACAGAGGCCUUUCCGCGGCAGACAGCUUCAGCUGUUAUGAGAGGGAUGCUUAUAAAGGAGACAGAUUUUCCCAUGAGCCUGAUUUGGACAGUCUCAGAGCAGUGAGUGUGCGCAGGGGGGUGGAGGAGGAGGAGGAGGAGGAGGAGGAGGAGGAGGAGGAGGAGGAGGAGGAGGAGGAGGAGGAGGAGGAGGAGGAGGAGGAGGAGGAGGGGCAGAGGCAGUGGGGUGGUGCGGCAUUGGAGCUAGUGAGCCCAUCGGCCAUCCACAAGGCUGGCAGCAGCGCUGCAGCAGCCCUCUGGCGAGCUGUGACGUCCCCCCAGGCUCUCAUUUCCCCUCAGUCCCUCACUUCCCCUCAGUCGCUCGAUUCCCCUCGCUUGUUUAAGUUGCGCCCCUCUCACUCUCCCAACACUCCUACCACUCACACCAAUCCCAACACGCCCACCACUCCCACUAGCCCCAUAGCUGCACGAAACACGUCACCCAAUGCCAACAGUGGCCAUGCUGCUGCUGCUGCUGCUGCUGCUGCUGCUGCGGAGGCUAUCAGGCAUCAUCAACAUUCCUUAGAGCCAGGUGGGACCUUGUCGCUGAGUGCCAAUGGCGGUGCAUCCAGGGCCGAGGCUGCUCCUGACAUGCAUGGCCCGGGAAAAAGGCUGAUGGUGUGUGAGGAGGAGACAUCGCUCGGAGGGCAGCAGCAGGGCAUGGGUGGCAACAGUGCCUCAUUGGCUAAUCGAUCUGCUUCCCUUGAGCACCUGGUUGACGCGUUUGCACCUGCACCUGCUGCUGCUGCUGCUGCUGUGACUGCUGCUGCUGCUGCUGCUGCUGCUGCUGCUGCUGCUGCUGCUGCUGCUGCUGCUGCUGCUGCUGCUGCUGCUGCUGCUGCUGCUGCUGCUGCUGCUGCUGCUGCUGCUGCUGCUGCUGCUGCUGCUGCUGUGGCUGCUCCAACAGGCUUCUCAUCGGAUGCUGCUCCGGCAGGUUUGUCAUCGGUGGGCAGUACGGCGGGUGGAGGUGGUGAGGUGACGGGAGCAUUCUUAACAGCAGCACGGCCAGCAGCAUCAGCAGCAGCAGCAGCGACAGGGGAGCCGGCGACGGUAGGGGAGAGGUUGAGCGUGCUGUUGGGUCGGCGGGUGAUGGUGGUGGAUGACAAUGUGAUCAACCGCAACGUGGCUUUCGAGCCCACUGAAGAGCCAGCGACAGUAGGGGAAAGGCUGGGGGUGCGUGAGUCGACUCAAGAGCCAGCAACAAUUGGAGAGAGGCUGAGCGUACUGGCAGGUCGGCGGGUGAUGGUGGUGGAUGACAAUGCCAUCAACCGCAAGGUGGCCAGCAAGCUGCUGGAGAGGCACGGCGCGCGAGUCACCGCCGUGGAUGGCGGCAUCAAGGCCCUUCACGCCCUCGCCCCGCCCCACCCCUACGAGCUAGUUCUCAUGGAUUUGCAGAUGCCGGGCAUGGACGGGCUGGAGGCGACUCGGAGGAUCCAGGCGCGGGAGAGGGCUCAGGGCGGGGGGCAUGUGGCCAUCAUUGCGCUCACAGCGGAUGUGAUUGCCGGCACGCGCCACCACUGUUUUGCUGUCGGCAUGGAUGACUACCUCUCCAAACCCCUCAGCGACGCGCAACUCUCCAAGGAUUCUCUGGUGGUGUGGGCUAUUGCGGAGGGCCGUGGCGCAGCGGCCAACAUUGAUGCAUAUGUGAUGCGCAAUGAGGAGGUGGACAUGGCAGCGCAGGAGAGGGAGCUCGUGGCGGUUGCUGCCAGGGUUGUGGCUGCCCUGUCGACGCUGCUGAGCGGAGUGCUGCCACCAAUGGCAGUGCCACCAAUGGCAGUGCCACUAACGGGAGUGCCACUAACGGGAGUGCCACUAACGGGAGUGCCACUAACGGGAGUGCCACUAACGGGAGUGCCACUAACGGGAGUGCCACUAACGGGAGUGCCACUAACGGGAGUGCCACGAAGCGGAGAGCGUUCCCGGAGGGCGUGGAGCAGGCACGGGUGGAAGCAGUUGAUGAGCCUGGAGGGGAGAGCGUUCCCGGAGGGCGUGGAGCAGGCACGCGUGGAAGCGGUUGAUGUGAGUCGAACAGGUCGAUGGGAAUGGGAGGAAUGGGUGUGA